AUGUCAGUUAAGGCGUCCCAAAAUCAGUUCUGUGUGCAGUCGCACACUCGCGUGGAGGCCUGUUUCUUCGGGAGGCCGCCUCCCGACUCGAACAGAAUCACAGAAAGAAAAAGACUCUUGGCGGCACAUGGAACGCCUGGGCCUAUGGCCCAGUCGUCAUGGCUAGCCGGGCUGACUUACCGACAGCCAUGCAGAUCACCAGGGUGA